AUAGAAAUUUGCAGAUUGUGUCCUGCCAGAAAAGUACAUUGAAAGUUUUGCUCUUACACGGGAAUUUAGAUAUUUGGGUUUGUGACGCGGUGAACCUCCCCAACAUGGAUAUGUUCCAUAGGACCUUAGGCGAUAUGUUUGUGAUGAUACCUGUAAAUGUCACCAACAUGAUUGAAGGACGCACGAACCGUAAGGUUACAAGUGAUCCUUAUGUCACAAUUGCAGUUGGUGAUGCUGUUAUCGGAAGGACUUAUGUGAUUAACAAUACUGAAAACCUCUGGAUGCAACAUUUCUAUGUUCCCGUGGCGCACUAUGCCGCCGAAGUGCAUUUUGUUGUUAAAGACAGUGAUGUUGUGGGAUCACAGUUGAUCGGAAUUGUGCGAAUUCCAGUGGAGCAGAUAUACACGGGGGCAAGGGUAGAGGGCCUACCCAUUUUGAAUACUAGUGGAAGGCACUGUAAGCAUGGAGCUUUCAUGAGACUAGCAAUUCAGUACAUACCAAUGAAAGAAUUGAGCUUCUAUCGCCAUGGAGUCGGUGCAGGUCCAGACUACUUGGGGGUUCCUGGCACAUAUUUUCCUCUUAGGAAGGGAGGAAAGGUGAUUCUUUAUCAAGAUGCCCAUGUCCCUGAUGGGUGCCUUCCGAAUUUGAAACUUGACCAGGGGAUUACCUAUGUUCAUGGGAAAUGUUGGAGUGACAUAUUUGAUGCUAUUCAUCAAUCUAGGCACUUGAUUUACAUUACAGGGUGGUCAGUUUGGCACAAAGUUAAACUGGUCCGGGAUGGUGGUCCUGCUACAAAUUGCACUUUGGGGGAUUUGCUCAGGUCCAAGUCCCAGGAAGGUGUUAGAGUGCUACUUCUGAUAUGGGAUGAUCCUACUUCAACAAGCAUUUUGGGAUACAAAAUAGAUGGAAUAAUGCAAACCCAUGAUGAGGAAACACGACGGUUUUUCAAGCACUCUUCGGUACAAGUGUUACUUUGUCCGCGUUUAGCUGGAAAACGACAUAGUUGGGUCAAGCAGAAGGAAACUGGGACAAUUUAUACACACCAUCAGAAAACUGUAAUUGUGGAUGCUGAUGCUGGAGAAAAUAGAAGAAAGAUUAUUGCUUUUGUUGGUGGCCUUGACUUAUGUGGUGGGCGAUAUGAUUCUCCACACCAUCCUAUAUAUAGGACACUACAUACCUUUCAUAAGGAUGACUAUUAUAACCCUCCGUUACGUGAUCAGGGUAGUGUUGUCGGUUGUCCAAGACAAGCAUGGCAUGACCUGCACUGCAAAAUCGAAGGCCCCGCUGCAUAUGAUGUUCUGAUCAACUUUGAGGAACGAUGGAUGAAGGCUGCAAAGCCUGCUGGAACUAGAGUUAAGAAAACAAAAGUUGUAUAUGAUGAUGCUUUGCUGAAGAUAGAAAGAAUUCACGACAUCAUCGGAGUUUCUGAUUUUCCCAUCGCUAACGAGAAUGACCCUGAAGCUUGGCAUGUUCAGAUUUUUCGCUCAAUUGAUUCGAACUCUGUUAAAGGUUUCCCAAAGGAUCCUAAAACAGCCACAAGCAAGAACUUGGUGUGCGGUAAAAAUGUACUUAUUGAUAUGAGCAUACAUACAGCAUAUGUGAAGGCCAUUCGUGCUGCCCAGCAUUUCAUUUAUAUAGAAAAUCAGUAUUUCAUUGGAUCGUCCUUCAAUUGGAGCUCUAACAAAGACUUAGGAGCCAACAACUUAAUUCCAAUGGAAAUUGCUCUCAAGAUUGCCAGUAAAAUCGCAGCACAUGAGAGAUUCUCUGCCUAUAUAGUUGUUCCAAUGUAUCCUGAGGGUGUUCCAACAGGCUCCGCCACUCAAAGGAUUCUAUUUUGGCAGCAUAAAACUAUGCAAAUGAUGUAUGAGACUAUUUACAGGGCUUUGGUGGAGGCUGGACUAGAGAAUGCUUUCGCACCACAGGACUUUUUGAAUUUCUUCUGUCUCGGAAAUCGCGAGGUUGAAGACUUUCAAAGCAUUUCACCUCAUAGCACUUCUUAUGCGAAUACUCCUCAGGCUCUUAUUCGGAAAAAUCGAAGAUUUAUGGUCUAUGUUCAUUCAAAAGGUAUGAUAGUUGACGAUGAAUAUGUAAUAAUUGGGUCUGCAAACAUCAAUCAACGCUCGAUGGAGGGCACCAGGGACACCGAGAUCGCAAUGGGAGCUUACCAACCUCAACAUACCUGGGCAAAAAAGCUUUCCAGUCCACAUGGGCAGAUAUAUGGAUAUAGGAUGUCGCUGUGGGCGGAACAUCUGGGAGUUAUUGAGGAAUGUUUCACACAACCGGAGCGUCUCGUAUGCGUAAGACGGGUUAAGGACAUAGCCGAGAAAAAUUGGAAACAGUUCGCAGCUGAUGAAAUAACCGAGAUGAGAGGACACUUGCUCAAGUACCCCGUUGACGUGGACCGGAAGGGUAAGGUCAGGCCCCUUCAGGGAUGUGAAACUUUCCCAGAUGUUGGAGGAUACGUAGUUGGCUCAUUUCUUGGCAUACAAGAAAACCUUACAAUUUGA